CUGUCUCUUCCCUCCCUCUCCUCUCGGUCUUCCCCCACCUCGCUGAAUUAGAUCUGGCAGGGUUAAGAGUUUGCAUUUGGUUACAACUCGCUUGCCCUGGUUAGAGUGCUUGGAGGGAGAGAGAGAGACAUACACACAUCAGACAAGACUAAGAACAUGCUCUUCCUGCUCCUCCUGUGGGGGUCUCUCCUCUUUGGAGUGGUCAGUUCCAGCCCAACCCCAAGGAAGCUCUUUGGGGAGAUCACAUCCCCCAAUUACCCCAAGCCAUACCCCAACAACAACAUCAGCACCUGGGACAUCACAGUCCCAAAGGGCUUUGUGGUGAAGUUGAACUUCUGGCAGUUCGACCUGCAGCCAUCUGAGUCCUGCCUCUCUGACUACAUCAAGAUCACAGCCGAUAAGAAAGACCUGGGCCAGUACUGUGGCCAGCUAGGCUCAGCCAAAGGCAAUCACCCGGGUAUCAGGGACUUUGUGUCCAAAGGGAACCAGAUGAGGCUGAUGUUCCACUCUGACUUCUCCAACGAAGAGAACGGCACCCUUAUCCCCUACAGGGGCUUCCUGGCCUAUUACCAAGCUGUGGGAAUCCGGUGCCCACAGCCUCUGCCAAGGGACCAAUUCACUUUCAUCAAAGACCUGCAGCCCCUGUACCGAUUUCGUGACUACUUCAAUGUCAGCUGCCAGAUUGGGUAUGAACUGAUGGAGGGUGACCAGAAGUUGGCAUCUUUCAGUGCUGUCUGCCAGGAUGAUGGGACUUGGCACCGACCCAUGCCCCGCUGUGAAAGUGAGUCAAUAAUCCAACCCCCACACAUGGAUUAUCCCCCCAAACCGAUCCCCGACCCCAAGGGAUGGGGCAGAGAGGGACCGCCCCCUUCCUGUCUGAUGUGUGAUGCCUCUGGGAUUGAGGGGCCCACAGCUGAGCACAGCAUACCAGAUACAUACAACUGCUCCGCUCAGGGCUCCUGGGCAGACCAAGACGGCCAUGAGGACAUCCCCGUGUGUUUACCAGUGUGUGGAAAGCCAGACAAACCCAUCACUGGAAUCCAGCGGAUCAUCGGUGGCAGCACAGCACCGCCGGGAAGCUUCCCAUGGCAGGCGAAGACACACAUCUUUGGGCUCGGGGGUGGGGCACUGCUAGGUGACCGCUGGAUCCUGACAGCUGCUAGCACCAUCUUCCCAAAGAAAGACAGCUCAGUGACAGAGACAGAGACAGGUGGGAGGAUGAGCCUUGCUGAGGUGGCUAAGAAGAUCGACGUGUUCCUGGGCCACACGGAGGUGAAUAAGAUCCACGAGCUGGGUAACCACCCCAUCCGCAGUGUGUCCGUGCAUCCCGACUACGACCCUGAUGAUGAGAACAACUUCAAUGGGGACAUUGCACUGAUCGAGCUGCAGGACCCAGUGCCACUGGGCCCCAACCUGCUGCCCAUCUGCCUCCCAGAUGCUAGUAACAGCACUUUCUACGCCAACGGCUACAUGGGCUACGUGAGCGGCUUUGGGGUGGAGAAAAACGUUCUCGCAGAUCGGCUGAAGUAUGUAUCACUGCCAGUGGGUGACCAGAGAUCCUGCAAGAAAUGGCUGCAGGGAAAGGAGGUCAAUGGGAAGCCCAUGGUGUUCUCUGAGAACAUGUUCUGUGCUGGCUCGCCUAGUGUGGGGAAAGAUACCUGCCAGGGGGACAGUGGGAGUGUCUUCACUGUGCAGGAUUCAGAGAGCGAGCGCUGGAUAGCCACCGGGAUUGUCUCCUGGGGCAUCGGCUGUCACAAGAGCUAUGGCUUCUACACCAAGGUCAUCAACUACCUGGACUGGAUCAAAGAGAUAACAGGGAUGUAGAGGCUCCAAAUGCCACUAUCUUAUUGGCUGAAGGCUCAGUGAUGUCAUGUAGGUAUCCAAACACCCACAUAUCAUUGGCUGAAGCAUUAUGAUGUCUUAAAAGAUCGUAAUGUCAAAACUGCCAUAGCAAUGGCUGAAUUCUUGGUGACAUCAUCAAAGCUUCCCAAAGCCUCUGUGCCAUUGACUGAAGCUUUGUUGAUGUUCUAAUGUUUCUAAAAGCACCUUCACUAUUGGGUGAAGCCAUAAGAACUUCCUGACGUUGUGAAAUCCAACAUGC